AUGAGUAACGAGAGCCAUCCAUCUCCUUCAGGCUCAUCGUCAUCUACAUUAUUCGGCGGUGGAGGUAAUGCUGGUGGUAAUGAACCCUUAACUCAACCAUCACCAGCUAAACCAACAUGGGCACAAAUUCUCAAUUCAAAUCCAAAUGCACCGUCCAAUACAUCGUCAUCGUCAUCAUCAAUGGCAACUGGCAAUAAUAAUAAUAAUAAUAAUACUGGUGUAAAUAGUUCACCAUCAUCAUCAUCACCCGCAUCUUCUCAACAUUCAACAACAACAAAAACAAUAUCACCAUCAGCAAGUGGUACAUUAAAUACACCCGGAUCACGUGCUGGUUUUAUGCCUAAUUUUUAUGAUCAAACACAAUCUCAAAUGAAUUGGCCUUUAAAUUUUAAUCAAACAUCAUCAUGGAUGAUUAAUGAUGAUAAUAAUUCACAAAAACAACCAUCAAAAUCAUUACAACAAUCAAAUGAUAAUACGCAAACAGGUGGUGAUGGCUUUGAACGAAUUGAAUCAUCGAGUCCAACUUCAGGUUGGAAUAAGCCGGUGACAACAAAUAAUUCAACUGCUAAUGGUUGGUCAAAUUUUCAACAACAGCAACAACAACAAACACUUAAUAAUCCGUCCAGAUCAAAUCCAAAUAGCAAUCAAUGGCCAGAAAUGAACAAUUUCUAUGGAGCUAAUACAUCAACUAAUUCAUUUAAUUUAUCGCAACAGAAUAACGACAAUAAUAGCUCAUCGACAACAUGGCAAGAUCCAUCAAGCAAUACAAAUGAUAUGCUUACAUUGACAACAAAUAAUCCAAAUAGUUCAAAACAUAAAUCUUCAUCAAUAGCUGCUUCACUUACAGGUGCAUUAAAAUCAGCUAUUGCACUUAGUGGUAAUAAUAUUGAUCAUUUAGCUGGAAAUAAUGAUCCAAUGAUAACUUAUGUUCCACAACCAAAACUUGUUGAACAAUUAGGUUGGGAUGAACCUGAUAUAAAUGUUUUAAAACGUGCUAAUUUUGAUGAUGGUACAUCAAUAUGGGGUGAUCCUAUGGAAUCAAUGUCUGUACCAGUUAAAAAAUGGACAAAUGGACCAAAAGCAGCAUUAACAAAUUCAACAAAUAUUAUUUUAUCACAACCAAUUGUUCAAAAACAAAUAUCAACAACAAAUUCAUCAACAUCAUCUUCAACACAAAUGGUGCUUAAUGAUGAAAAUUGGCCAAAACAACAAUCACCAACUUUAGUACCACAAUCAACAUCACAAUGGAAUGAUACAACACCACCAGCAGUAGUAACUACAGCAACAAAUGUACCUAUUGAACAACCGAAUACAUCUCAACAACAAAAUUAUCGUACACAACAAACCAAUUGGAAUCCACAAUCACAUUCAAAUGAAGAUUGGUAUGGUGAUGGUCUUGUUGAUACAAGUCAAUGGGAUGUACCACGACCACCACAUAAAGCACCAUUUGAUCCUUAUGAUGGACAAGUUGAUACAACUGAUUGGGUUGUACCACCAUCAGGUGGUAUACCAGGACAAUUACCAAUAGCACGUACUCGUUUUAUGAAUGAAUAUGAUCUCAAUGAAAAUCCUCAUGAUAUACGUAUGCCAAAUUAUGAUAAUCAAUAUCGUCAAAAUCCGGAUCUGAAAAAUUCCAUGAUGAAUCUUGGUGGAAUAUUACCACCAACUCAUCAUUCAUUUUCACCACGACCAAGUCCACUUUAUCCUCAACAAUCAGGAAAUAUACUUCGACCAAUUAAUCCAAAUGGUGGUUUAUCAACACCACCCGGUGCUAUUAUAGGUCAAAAUAGUCAUUUAUCACCUAAAUUACCUAUAUCAUCACCUGUACCAAAUCAACCUCAAUAUGUUCCAUUAACAGUUAAACAAAAUAAUAUUCCAAAUCAAUCAUCUCAAACACCAACACCAUCACAACAACAAUCAACAGGUAAUGGAAAUAAUAAUAAUAAUAAUAAUAAUUCUAAUAAUAAUGGUGCAGUACAUGCUCAAAUCAUGCAACAAUUUCGUCUUGCUGUACAAGCCGGUUUAAUUAGUCAAGAUUUGCUCAAUACAAAAUUACCACCAUAUAUGUUACAACUUCUUCAAAAAUUAUUUGAACUUCAACAAAAAUUUCAACAAUUAUCAAUACAAUUAUCUGAAUUAAGUAAAAAUAAACCAGGUUUUCCAUUACCAUUAGUACAAAAUGAAUAUGAAUGUUUAUCAAAAUUAAUUGCACAAAAAAAACAAGAAAUGUUAAUUGUUCAAAAAGAAAUACAAGAUGCACAUACUAAACUUAAACAACAAUCAACUAAUCCAACACCAACACCAUCACAAAUGAUGUCAAAUGGACCAAAUAUUGUACAAAAUACAGAUCAAUCACGUUUAACACAAUGGACAAAACAAUCAACAAUAGGUGGACAACGAACAACAAUGUUUCCACCACCUGGUUUAACACAAAAAGAUUGGCAAACAGAUACUAAUGAUCCAAAUGAAAAUUGGGAUCAUACUCAAACAAAUGAAUCAAAUAAUAAUAAUAAUAAUAAUCAAAUAAGUAAUAUUGAUUCUCAUACACAUAAUAAUCAAGUAUCAUCAUCAACAACAUUUUCAGAUCCAUUUUCAAAUAUUGUUGAUGAUAUUGAUGGACCACCACCAUUUGUACCUGGUCAAUUAUGGAAUUGGAAAUCAUCUUUACCUAAUGCUGAAGAUGAUCCAAAUGUUACACCAAGUUCAUUAACAAUUGGUCCUAAAGGAUCAACAUCAGUUAUGACUAAUCUCAAUGUUGGUGGAGUUGAACGUGCAUUUUCAAAUCCUCCAUUAAUGCAUCAAUAUCAACGUCCAGUACAAUCAAAUCGACCACCAUGGCAACAAGGAACAUUACAUGAUCAACAAGGAUUUCAACCACCAAUGAAUGAUUGGUCUAAACAACAACAACAACAACAACAACAAUAUCGAGGUAUAUCAAAAGCUCCAUCACUUCCUCAUCCGUCAUUUGGUGGUGGUGGUGGUAGUGGUGGCCAUCGACCAUAUAUGUAA